AUGGUCAAAAAGCAUCAUGAAGAGCCUGUGAAGCCACUGCUCCUGCAGCAGCCUCGUGGGAGGCUGAUGGGCUUUGCUCAAACUUUCUGCUUCAGCAGCUUCAUGAGGACCAUGAAGUUCACGCUGGUGACGUGCCCAAGGUGUUACUUGGAGGAUGGAGCUUCCAAAGGAGCCUGGCUGAACCGGUCAAGUAUUAUUUUUGCUGGAAGUGACAAGUGGUCGGUAGAUCCUCGAGUUUCCAUCGCCACAGCAAACAGAAGAGAGUACAGCCUGCAGAUACAGGACGUCGAUGUGACAGAUGAUGGUCCCUACACUUGCUCUGUGCAAACUCAGCACACUCCCAGAACGAUGCAGGUGCACUUAACUGUACAAGUUUCUCCCAAGAUAUUCCGUAUUUCGAGUGACAUCGUUGUGAACGAAGGGAGCAACGUUACCCUGGUGUGCCUGGCCACGGGGAAGCCAGAGCCUUCCAUUUCCUGGAGACACAUCUCGCCGUCAG